AUGGAGCCAGUGCAAUAUCUCUAUUCUCUGUGUUCCAUUUUCACUAAUCAAGAUGCUACGCGAAUUAAUGAUGCCGAUGCAGAGCUCACGCAGCUCAUUCAAGAGGAAAGCACGGUCUACAACUUAAUCACAAUUUUUCAACAAACCGAUGACAUGAAAAUGAGAAAUUUUGUUUCUACUAUCCUCAGUCGAUGCUUUAAUAACGAAAAGUUUAAUAAUGGCGAAAUUGUAGAGAGGUUACAACAAUUCUUUUUUUCAAGUAUUAGUCAAGAAACAAAUUUUCAAAUCAAAAAGAAUCUUGCGUAUUGCUGUUACGUUUUGUACGAGCACCUCCAUAAGAAAGGUAUAAUUUGGGAACAAUUUUUGCAAUAUUCUUGGGAACUUCUACAAAAUCCUGACCAACUUGCGAUUGCGUUCUAUAUAUGGUCACAAACAUUUUUAGAUAUGAAAGACCUUUCAAAUAAUCUUAGCAAACAAGACGUAUUUGAUUUAGCCGUUGAAAACAUCACAAAUCCUGAUCAAAACAUUCGAAUUCAAGCAGCAACAUUUAUCGAAGUCAACGUUAGUAACGAAACAGAAAUACAUUUAGACCCGGUUCCAUUCUGCAAUUUAAUGAAUCAGGCAGUUCAAUUUUGUAUUUACCAAGUCCCAGAAAUCAACAGAGAAGAAGUGUGCGCAAUGUUUAAGGUACUUGACGAAAUAGUUCAGUUCUCGAGAUUCGAUACGAAUUGCCACAUUCCUCUCGAAUUUAGUUGGGAGAUAAUGCAGGACGAAAAUUUAGACAUUGACAUUAGGAUGUCUGCAGCCAAUGUCAUAAGAUGCGGUGAUGUUCCGUUCCUAGAAAGCAAAACAGUCGAUCAAUACCUUGAAAUUUUAAGAAUUUCGAUAGAAUUUACAGCCUUACUUACAAAACAGACAGAAGUAUACAGCCGUCAAUUUGAAAUACUAUACGAAGUAAUUUGGGCCAUUUCCGAGCUCGCACAAGAUAAUUUUGUUAUUGACUACGUAUUAGACUACAUUCUUCAACUUAAGGAAGAACCAACAGUAGAAAACAGAAUACUUGUAUUAUUCCUUAUCGAUGCCAUUGCAGAGGGCAGCAGAGAGUACAUUUACGCAAAAUUGGCAAAUAUUAUCACAGAUAUCAAUUAUUUUGGUGAUUCCGAUGAUGAUUUCGUUAUUAAAUACACCUGCCAAGUAUUCGAUAGCUUUAUUGAGAUUCUUCCGCUUGAAUCCGGAAUUGUUGUAAAUCAAGUCUCAGAAUACUUAGUUAACCAUUUCCCACACGAAGGAACAAUCCAAACAUUGAUAAAUCUCUUCACAACAGUAAUUCCAAGGCCAGCAAAUUACAUGGACAUUGUAAAUAAUUUAAUUGAAUACGUUUCACAGGUUGAAACAACUUCUGAUGUAUCCAAGAUAUUAGACUGCAUUUCAGCCUGUUUCUGUCAUCCGACAGAGACAAAUGAAGAAAUUUUCCAACAAUUUGCUCCAAAUUUACUGAAAUUUGUUGAAGAUGACAGCGAAACAGUUGUUUCUGUAUUGAACAUGUUCACGCAACUCAUCAGACUCGCUCCACAGUCAACAACACAAGACAUAGAAACAUUAAUUCAACUAGCAAACGAUACUCUUGAAUCCGAAAACACGAAAUACAUGGCAAGUGCAAUGAAGUUCUUGAGUGAGCUGUUUGCAUUCCUCCCAUUAUCAUUAGAACAGUACAUGGACACUUUAUUACCUGCGUUACUCGAAUUAAAGGAACGUUACCCAAUUCCUGAGAUAAAGAACGAAGCUGAAGGUGACCCACAACUCAGACUAUUCCAUAUGAACCUCCUUCAAUGCUUUGGCCACAUGGUUGCUGUAUUUCCAGAAGCAAUUUCUGAUUACGCCAACGACAUCCUCGCGUGGAUGAGAUCUGCCCUCGACAACAUCAAGCGAAUGACAAUAGCUACUUGCGAGGCACUCAGUUCCGCUUGCGAAGGAUUUGUCGUAAUUCGAGAAGUUAUUGAGAUCAACAUUCUCGAAGAAAUCGGUAUAGACGUAGUCAGACUCAUUGCAAACCUCGAUGAUCAUUCAGAGAUUGUUGCAUACCAUAACUUGGCCGACAGAUUGAUAACGUUAUUCCCAGAAGACUUGAAUUCCGUAAAAGGAACAAUUUUUGCCAUCAAAAUUUGCCAAGGAUUGUUUGGAGAGAUUUUCGAGUUCAUGCUAUUUGAUUUGUCACAGCACCCUGACUACCCUAUACAGAUAUCCCUCACAAACUUAGUCAAGAAGUUAAUAUACUGCCAAUUCGCAGAAGAUUCUCCUCUUGCGGAGAAUUUCUCAAGAAUUUUGAAGGGGUCAAAAACAAGUACUUCUUGGUUCCAUUUCAACUUGUUGGAGCUCGCAUCUCUUCUUGCAUCAUUGAGAGGUGACAUGGGAAUAUUCUCCAGCGAGACACUGAUUGUUACAACUGAAGUAGCAUUGAAUCAUCCAAACUCAAGUCCACAGAAAUUGAUGCUUUUCUUGGCUUAUUGUUGCAAUUUGUUCAGAUUAAAUCCGGAAGAAUUCGAAAAUUCUGGAAUUAUUUAUCCGGCAAGACUCGACCAGUUCUCCAUCUUCUACCUGAAAUAUAUAAUGCCAAUGCCUCCGGAAGUCAAUAUCGUGAGAUUGGCCUUCUUCGCAAGUGUUGUUUUGAUCAAAGGUUUCGAUUAUUUCCCAGAAGGAUUCAUUGAUGCCGUAAUUCAAAACAAUUUAAUUAUUCCUCAUUUGCCUCUUCCUGUUAAUAACUUUGCUUGCGAAAUAAUCAUUCCUUUCUUGCAGCUGAUGAUGGAGAAAUAUCCUGAUGUUUUCACAGAGCAUUUCGACAUGUCAGCCUUGAACAUGCUUUGUUCAUUACCUUUCUUUUUCCACAGAGUUCCUGCAGAAACUGUUGCUUUUUGUGUCCAAAGAAUUCAACAGAUUUCUCAGGAGAAUUUGUUGGCUAUGCUUCACGGAAACCAGUAUUUGUAUAUAAGACUUAAUAGAAAUAUCGCUCGCUUAACUGCUUAG